GAUGUGUGGCAGGUUCCUGAGGCGGCUGGUGGUUGAGGAGAGCUGGCACUCCACCCCCGUGGGGCGCCUCCUGCUGCCCGUGCUGCUGGGCUUCCGCCUCGUGCUGCUGGCUGCUAGCGGGGCGGGGAUCUAUGGCGAUGAGCAGAGUGAAUUUGUGUGUCACACGCCGCAGCCAGGUUGCAAGGCCGCCUGCUAUGACGACUUCCACCCCCUAUCUCCACUGCGUUUCUGGGCCUUCCAGGUUAUCUCCGUGGCUGUGCCUGGAGCCCUCUACGUGGGUUUCACCCUGUAUCAUGUGAUCUGGCACUGGGAAGAAUCAGGGGAGGUGAGGAAGGAAGAGGAGACCUUGCUCAGCCCAGGGGAGGGCAGUGGAGAUGCCUCAGGGGCUGGAAGCCCCAGGCUGCUCUGGGCCUAUGUAGCCCAGCUGGGGGUGCGGCUGGUCCUGGAGGGGGCAGCUUUGGUGGGGCAGUACCACCUGUAUGGGUUCAAGAUGCCCAGCUCCUUUGCAUGCCGUCGAGAGCCUUGCCCAGGGAGCAUAACCUGUACCCUGUCCCGCCCGUCCGAGAAGACCAUCUUCCUGAAGACCAUGUUUGGGGUCAGUGGGCUCUGCCUCUCCUUUACCCUUUUGGAGCUCAUGCUCCUGGGCCUGGGCCAAUGGCGGAGGACCUGGAAGCAGAGAUCUCCCUCUCCUAGCUACAUCCCAACUUCAAAGAGGACCAAAAGACACCAGGAACCAACUGAUAACUUCCCAGCACUGGAAACAAAAGAGCAGUUCCGAGAAGCAGGUGAGAAGGGCCCUCAAGUCCCUCUUUCUUCCUGCCCCUGA